UUAUUAUUAGCUUACAUGGAGUCUACUGGACUUAGCACAGAAACUUACCCUGAUAUGGAUUUCUACUACUGUCUUAUUGACAGAACACUUUACCGACUUGUAGCAACUUAUCGCGGUGUGAUAGAUGGCGAUAGUUCGAUAUGGUUGGUAGUGACGGUUGUUUACACGAUGGCGUCCGGCGGUGAAAACGCUACUGAGGAACGGACGGAAGCGUCAACGCCGGCUCAACCCAACUCCAAUGCCGCAUCUGAGACGACUAAUAAAGUAACAGGGAUGGAUAAAGAUGGUGAUCUGUCUGGUAUACCAGCAAAAAAGUCUCGUGUUGAUGUGCAAUCUCUUCCUACCAGACAGUAUUUAGAUCAGACAGUAGUACCAAUAUUGCUGCAAGCAUUGUCCUGUCUGGCUAAAGAAAGACCUGCCGAUCCUAUAAGCUUCCUUGCUGGCUAUUUACUGAGAAACAAGAGCCAAUAUGACAAUGGUGCUUCACCACCAACCAGUCAGUGAAUGCUUCCGUGUCCACGUGCGUGUUUUGUGAACAUUUUUACGUAAGAAUCCUUUUUGAUUCUUCAAGGACAUAUUAUGGACUUGUGUAUUUUUAUAUGAAAUAAAAAUGUAUUAGCUUUCUAUAUUAUAAGUGCAGUAGUAUUUAGGAGGAAUAAUAUGGCGUUAUUCUCCAAAGUGUAAUAACGCAUUUGAAACAUUGCAAUUAUUUCAAAUACGUAUUGUUUUUUAAAUAAUAUUUUAAAAAUACUAGUUACAUCAAAAUCAUUUUAAUAGUGAUAGCAAUGAUGGGAUUAAUAUUAAAUUGAAAUCGAAUCGUAAUAUUUGUUAGGAGAAGUCAUGCUAGUUUUUCUAUGCAAUCGUUUAAAUAAAGUAAAGUCGAUAAAUGAA